CGGCUUCCGUGUCAAAGAGGCGAAUUGACGUCAAUGGCAGUUUUGGAUUGGUUUCGACCGUUUCCGGUGGAGCAGAGAAACCCGUUCGGCAGUGGAAGAGAACAUAAUAACACGCUAAAUCUCUAGAUCCAGAGGUCUAAAAAGACACAGGUCAACAUGGCAUCAAGCAGUGAAGAGGAGAGGAGCCUGCGUGAGUGUGAGCUCUAUGUACAGAAGCACAAUAUCCAGCAGCUGCUGAAAGACUGCAUCGUGCAGCUGUGCACGGCGCGGCCUGAGAGGCCCAUGGCUUUCCUUCGAGAGUACUUUGAGAGACUUGAAAAGGAGGAGGCUAAGCAGUUGAUUAACCAACAGAAGGCAAGCUCACGUUCAGACUCACGUGAGGAUGAGGUUUCUCCUCCCAUGAAUCCGGUGGUAAAGGGCCGUAGGAGAAGAGGGGCCAUCAGUGCUGAGGUCUACACUGAGGAGGAUGCUGCCUCUUAUGUGAGAAAGGUUAUUCCUAAAGACUACAAAACCAUGGCAGCCCUAGCCAAAGCUAUUGAAAAGAAUGUGCUUUUCUCACACUUGGAUGACAAUGAAAGAAGUGAUAUAUUUGAUGCCAUGUUUCCUGUCACUUACAUAGCUGGAGAGACUGUUAUUCAGCAGGGUGACGAAGGCGACAACUUCUACGUAAUCGACCAGGGCGAAAUGGACGUUUAUGUGAACAAUGAGUGGGCAACCAGCAUCGGCGAAGGUGGCAGUUUUGGUGAAUUGGCACUGAUCUACGGUACUCCCCGCGCAGCCACUGUCCGAGCGAAGACCAACGUCAAACUGUGGGGCAUCGACAGAGACAGCUACAGGAGAAUACUGAUGGGAAGUACUCUGAGAAAGAGGAAGAUGUAUGAAGAGUUCCUUAGUAAAGUAUCUAUUCUCGAGUCACUGGAUAAAUGGGAGCGUCUGACGGUGGCUGACGCUCUGGAGCCGGUGCAGUUCGAGGACAGCCAGAAGAUUGUAGUACAGGGAGAACCUGGGGAUGAGUUCUUCAUCAUACUGGAGGGAUGUGCAGCUGUACUGCAGAGACGAUCUGAGAAUGAGGAGUUUGUAGAAGUGGGUCGCUUGGGACCUUCAGACUACUUUGGGGAGAUUGCAUUGCUAAUGAAUCGACCACGUGCCGCCACUGUAGUAGCCCGAGGCCCUCUGAAGUGCGUUAAGCUGGACCGACCACGUUUCGAACGAGUGCUUGGCCCCUGCUCAGACAUCCUUAAACGCAACAUCCAGCAGUACAACAGCUUUGUGUCACUGUCUGUCUGAACACAUACAAAACUCUUUAAUAGCAGGGUUCCACUCAUGCAGUUGGCUUUUAUUUCCUUUCUACUCUUCGUUUAUUGCUCACCAAUGUAAGCAUACUUCAUCUGCACUUGAACAUUGCACUUGCUAAAAACAGCAAAAUGGCAUCUGUUCUGUCUCAGCAUUGACAUACUAGUGAGCAGACAAUCAAAACUUACUGAAGAUAAAUCCACACACAGCCUUUACUGGGCAUCGUUUUUACAUUUAACUAUUUAAGACAAAUGGAGGGGUGAGAUUAUAUUUUUAAAAAGUCUGUUCAAAAGACACGUUUUCAUUUUAGUUUGCUUUGCUGUAGUUGAAGUCAUUUUUUAAGAGUAGUUUUGUAAAAUACUAACUGAAUUAGUAGGUAUAUUAAAAAUACUUAGUGAGAACUUUCCCUAUCAAAUUCAUACACAGAAACUGUAAGCAUGCUUUAUAAAGCUUUGUGUCUUACCCCUACCGAAGUAACUGUUUCUUGAAGUCAUACACAUCAAUGAGAUUUCCUUUGUAUGUUGCAUCCCCUGAAGUGAAGGAAUUAUAUACAUGUAUACACUCACCAUCCAUUUAAAUAGGAAUACCUAUACACCUGCUCAAUUAUGUAGUUAAACCAAUCAUUCAAUCAUGUGGCAGCAGCAUAAUGCAUAAAAUCAUGCAGUUAGAGGUCAAGAGCUUUAGUUACAGUCUGUGUAAACUGUUGCAUGUUAAAAAUCUCAGGAGAUCAGCAGUUUCUGAAAUACUCAAACCGGCACCAACAAACAUACCAUGGAUAAAGUCACAGAAAUCACACCUUUCCCCAUUCUGAUGUUUAAUGUGAAAAUUAACUGACACUCUUGAACUGUAUCUGCUCGAUUUUAUGCAUUGUGCUGCUUCCACAUGAUUAGAUAACAACAUGAACGAGCAGGUGUGAAUGAGUAUACCGGUGUUCCUAUUAAACUGGAUGGUGUGUGUGUGUGUGUGUGUGUGUGUGUCUGUGUGUGUGUGUGUCACACAAUUUUAGUGGUAUGUUAGAGAAUUUCUAACCAUUAUUUCACUGAUCUUUCUAGGAAUGAUCUGUUACUUGCACCGAGGCUUUAUUUGAAUGAAAGUGAUAGUUUCAGUGGGGUUCAGAGCCAGUGCCAAAAUGCAGGUAACAACAAGAAGUCUUGUUUAAAAUGCUACAGUCCUAAUUCCAGCCAAGAAUAUUUCCAGUUAUCACAUGAGCAAUUAAGCAAAAUGGCAAGAUUUAAUAAACUGUAAAACUCCAGUAUUAGCAAAGCCAUUUCAGUAAGUUGUUCCAUACUGUCAUUUUUAAUUUCACUGCAUCUUAUUUUCAAGUUUACUUUAGGAGCUUUGGGCCAUAUUAAUUAAUGUAUACUUGCUUUUUUUCUGAACUUCAUGCAACAACACAUUGUUUUGAGCAAAAUAUUUUUUGUGGUUUUGUGUUUGUAAUGUAGAUAUAAAUGGCACAAUUUCACUGCAUGAAGGAUGAAAAUGAUAUGAUGUUGAGUCAAAUGAGAACCUUAAAAUUGAGACAUAAAUUAGAAUGGAAGCAAAUUUGUUUCUAAAAGAAUCCAGGUACUCUUGAACUGAAUGGAGAUUAUAUAGAAAAAAAUCUCACUUUUGUGACCCCUAUUUGCGAUAACUAAAAAAAUAUAAUAAUAAUUAAACAAGUUAAGGUUUUCAUUUGACUCACCCUUGUAUUUACAGGAUAGCUGUUUUUAAAGUGCAUAAAAGGAAGGUUCAGCCAUAGAGAAUGCCCAGUGCCCUCUGUCAUCAUUGUUACACUUUAUUCCUUCACAUUAUAUAUUUAUUAAAUAGUAUUUUAUGCCCUAAGGUACCCAGAGUUUCUCACUCACCGUCUAUAUGAUUCAUCUAUCUUUCUAUGUAUGACAACGUAUAUUAAUCUAGCUUUGCUUGGCUUUUGUUACUAAAGACGCUAUACUCUUGCUAGCCCAAACCAUGAGCUGGUAUCAUGAUACUUGUAGUCAUUAGAACUUCAGGUAUCAUAAACAGUGGACCAUAUGUUCUAUUUCUUUUUUUAAAAAAAAUUAUUUCACUUUUGCUUUGAUUUCCAGUGUACCAUCAACUAAAUGUUGUUUUUUUUGUUUUGUUUUUUUUUUUUUUUUUGGUAUUGCUUGUCAAAAUGGCAGUUUAAGCAAUAAAACAUUGCUGAGACAUGUUUGCAUUAAUCUUUUCUUUGUUGUCCUAAUAGCCAGCACAUACUCAAUUCUAACUUUAGAUCAAAAAUACUUAAUCAUCCACUGUUUAAUCCUGUGCAGGGCAAAUGGAUGCAUCAUUAAAAGUGAGUCAUAAUGUAUACCAACCACAAGGGGGCAGUCUUUGGUUUUUGCCUUUCUUAUUGUUUGUUAAAUCAGGAAA